AUGGUAGGCGUCACCCUCAAACCAGAGAAGUUCAUGUUCUGCUGCAAGGAGGUGGAGUUUGUCGGCUUUCACGUUGGUUGGGAAGCAUACAAGCCCACCGAGGACCGUCUCUCAGCAAUAAGGCACUUCACAAUGCCUGGCCAGCCCACCAUCACCGACGUGAGGUCACUGUUUGGAUUUGUCAACCAGCUGGCACCCUUUCUGGCCACCGCCCCCAUCAUGGAGCCGUUUAGAGACCUCCUGAAGAAGCCAACAGGACGGAAAGUAUACUGGGACGAGCAGCUGCAGCAGAAGCUGGAGCAGGCGAAGGAGACCAUCUGUGAGCUGGCCAAGGACGGUCUGGCUUUCUACGACCGCACUAGGCCGACGGCUGCCAUCACAGACUGGAGCAGAGAGGGCAUAGGCUUCGUCAUCUUGCAACAGCACUGCUCCUGCGUGUCGCCUGAGGCCCCACUCUGCUGCAAGGGGGGCUGGCGCCUGGCUCUCUGUGGUAGCCGCCACUUAACUCCAGCUGAACAAGGGUACGCGCCCAUAGAAGGUGAGGCACUGGCAGUCGCAUACUGCCUCCACAAGGCCCGCCUCUUCCUUCUAGGCUGCCCCAAUCUUAUUCUGGUGACUGAUCACCGUCCUCUGGUGGGCCUGUUGGGUGAUAAAGCGCUCACGGAUGUCGCCAACCCAAGGCUGUUCAGGCUGAAGGAGCGGACGCUGCAAUUCAAGUUCACGAUCCGCUACCUGCCGGGAAAGAAGAAUUGCGCGGCAGACUUUCUAUCUAGGCACCCAUCUAUGAAGGCAGCCCCUGGUGCCCUGGAGGAGGAACAGGAUGAGGAGAUGUCAGUAGCCAUGGCCGUCGCCACCGUUGCUGCACUAGAACUGCAAGACAACCUCACCCUCGACGAGGACAUGGUGCUACAGGCGUCAAGGAACGAUCCCGUGUACCAACUACUGCUGGCCAGGGUGCUGGCAGGUGACUGGCACCCACAGAGGUCCCAGGAGCUGGCAUGCCUGCGCCCCUUCUACAGCAUCAGGGAGAGGCUGGGGGUGUCGCGAGGCCUGGUGACGUAUGCCUUCCACAGCAACCAUCCUCGCCUGGUGAUUCCGGACCUCCUACGCAAGCAGGUUGCAGCCCACCUCCACGCAGGCCACCAGGGCAUAGACUCGAUGCUCAGGAGAGCACGACAGGCAGUAUACUGGCCUGGCAUUGAGGGAGACCUGAGGCACUAUCACACUAACUGUGACACGUGCAACACACACGCCCCCUCCCAACCCCCUGAGCCUCUUCUCUUCACUCUGCCCCCUGACUAUCCCUUUCAGCAGACUGUGGUGGAUUUGUUUCAGCUGGAGGGGCAUGACUACAUUGUCUACACAGAUAGGCUGACGGGUUGGCUGGAGGUGCCUCACCUGCCUGAUGGCACAGAAUCAGGCAGAGUUAAGGACGUGCUGCGUCACCACUUCUCGAGAUGGGGUGCCCCAGAGCAGCUCUCCAUGGACGGAGGCACCAAUCUGGGGAGUGAGGAGAUGAAGAGCUUCCUCCAGAAGUGGGGGGUAGGUGUUCGGGUGUCCUCGGCGCACUUCCCACAGUCAAACGGAAGGGCAGAGGUGGCCGUGAAGUCUGCCAAGAGAAUACUACGGGGAAACGUUGGAGCUGAUGGCAAUCUUGACAACGAUAAGAUCUCUCUCGCUCUGCUCCAGUACCUUAACACACCUCUAUGGGGCAUCAAUAGGUCACCAGCUCAGCUAGCAACAGGCCGCCAGCUACGGGAUGGAGUACCAUCAGUGAAAAGGAAACUCGAGGUUGACAAGUUUUGGGGAAUGACGCUGUGGCAGCGAGAACGUCAGAUGGCGCACCACCACGACAGAGUGGUGGCUGACAGGAGCGUCACACGCUCCCGCGCCCCUUGCGCCUGGUGA